GUGCUGAGCCGCCGAGGGUGACAAACCGCCCACUGCACGGAUAAACAGGCGGGCAGCUUUAAAACAGAGCAGCCUUGCGUUUUAAUAUAAUAUCUGCCUUACUUGAAACUAAAUGUUUGUAUAUUGGCCGCAGUACAGGGCCAUAAACCUACGAGUAAUGGGAUAACUGUAUGUAGGCGGUAUUUAGGGACAUAGUUAACGCUGACUAAACUGAAUAACACGAUUUGACUGAACGAGCUGGUUAGCCACGUUAGCCAAACUGAGCUAACGUUAGAUUUUUGUUUGCUUGUUCUUCCAUUUAAUUAUUUAUUUUAGUCGUCUGUGUUCUGGAUUUGGAUACCUACACUCCGGCUAAUAAAGAACUGUCAAGUGGCUAUGUGGGUCCAAUCACGCCGUAAUAAGACGAGUUAAAGGCGUGAAUGGGCGUGCGACUGUGUUGUGGCGACCACAGCGGGAUGAUGAUGGCACCGAGGCGGCUAACGUUUCUGCUCAUCAUCGGGUUUGUGUGGGAGUCCCAGCUUGUUGUGUGUCGUGAGGUCACUCUUCCUACUGGUCCACUGUACCGCGUAGCAGGGUUCCCCCUGUCCCUGCCUUGCACCGUAUCUGGCUUUGAGGGUCCACGGACACAGGAUUUUGAGUGGUUCCUGUACAAAGAGGGUGCAGGUUCAUUACAGAUUGGGGUUGUAUCCACUAGAGAUCAGGGGUUUCCCUACACCCCGUUCCAGGGACGGGUUCGUUCAGGCGAGGUUCGAGUGGAGAGGGACUCUGGUGACCAAGCCAGGCUGGUAAUUCAGAGGCUCCGCCCGGAUGAUCAGGGACGCUACGAGUGUUACACACCGAGCACCGACUCUCGAUAUCAAGGCAGUUACAGUGCCUCUGUGGUCGUCAAAGUGAUUCAGGACACACUGCUGAUAACCCACUCUCGUAUUCUGAGUGGCCAACCCGUCAUGGAGGGGACAGAGCUUCAGCUUACGUGCGCCGCAUCGGUCCAGUCAGCCCAACACACUCACGUGUCUGUCACGUUUGGGGUGCGAGGUAGCACGGAUUCUGGAUCUCUAGGCCACAACCUGAGAGAGAUCAUCUCCCUCGAUCGUGAGCUGCGUGUGACUCCUGGCCGUGGUGGCUCUUACGAGAAGAGGUACACAGAUGGAGAGAUUACUCUGGAGAAGAAGAGUGGAGAUGGAGGGAGGGACCUAUACGUGAUGAAGAUGAGUGUUCUAGCCCCAGAGGAUUCUGGUUCGUACUUCUGUGAGGCAGCACAAUGGAUCUUGGACCCAUCCGGCCAAUGGGAACGUAUCGCUCAAAGGACCAUGGAGCUGGGAAACCUCUCUGUCCAACCACUAGCGGACAGUCUAUCCGUCAGCGUGGUGCCAGUUGGUGAAGUUUCUCUGCAGCCUGGUUCUCCUCUUAGCCUUACUUGCCAGGUGUUGGGUGCUGGUUGGUGGAACCGCUCGGCUCUUCUGGUCCAGUGGAUGCGACGUGGACCAUCAGGGGGCGUGGAGGUUGAGGUGGCCCGGAUGGGGCCUGAUGGGGUGGUGAGCUGGGGGGACGACACUAGCAGGGGAGGAGGGGGCAGCAUGGAGAAGGAGGCUGAUGGGAGGUUCUCCUUGAGGCGCUUUUCUGCCCAUCCAGCAGAUGCAGGAGUCUAUCGCUGUGCUGUGAGUGUGUACGCCGGGCGACCCAGUCCAGAACCGUCCAGCCCUGCCACCCUCACUCAGAGGUCAGAUGGAGUAACAGUCAGCCUCAGGAGUAAAGAUGUCAGUGUAUCGGCAGUAGUAGUUUUGCCACGGCGGCCGCUCCUGAAGCGCGGGAGCACUGUUACCUUGCUCUGCAACGUCUCUGUGAUGACCACAGGCCCAGCCCAGGUGGAAGUGCAGUGGCUGCAAAGGAAAGAGGACCCUGAUGAGAAAGAGGAGACACCGUCAGAGGACACCAAAGGCAGUGUCCUUGCCACUCUUACUUACGAUGGAAUGUCUCGUAUCUACAGUAAUGGAAGUGAUUUAAGUGUCGACCGCAUCUCUGCUGGGACCUACAGGCUGCGGAUCUUCUCAGCACUUGAGGGAGAUCAGGGAUAUUACCAGUGCCAGGCAGAGGUGUGGACGCAGGACCCCCAUGGCGGCUGGUACAGCACAGGUACCAAGACGGAGUCAGCUAUGGUGCGUGUGUACCUGUAUGCACGAGUUGCUGACCUUCUUCUUAUACCGCUGGUGGUUGGAGUGUCCUCUGCGCUGUUUGUGGGAGUGGUUAUCAUUGCCACGGUAACCUGCUGCUUCAUGAAGCGACUGGCCAGGCAGCGCUCUCAAAUAAGGAAGUAGGAAAUUAACCUACUUCCCUACAGAAGGUACUGUGAGGCCAGUUAAGGAAUGAUAUGGACAACAAAUGAAACCAGGUCUGUACUUCAACUGAGCAGCCAACUAUACUGACUUCUGGUAGUAAACCUGAGUUAAAAAAUUUUAAAGAAGACAGGAAAUCAUGGUUCUGCUUCUCCACUACCAUAAUCAUCAUUCUGACUGCCUGUGUGAGACACAGCUCUGUCAUACCUGCACUGUUUCGCUCACAUUAUCACCACUCUGACUUUUGGAUUAAAUAUUAACUCACACUAAGUGUGCACUAGCAGUGAGUGUGAGAAAAGGAGGUGAUGUAGUGGGUAAGUAUGUUUAGUAAACCCACACUCCUUUCACUGUUCACAGAAGGCCUAACCAUGUUUGGUUACGAACAUCAAGCUGUUGCCGAUUGCACAUGGGGCCAAAUCUUAAGUCAGCACCUUACUGUGUUAUUGUUUUGUUCCAAGGAUGAACCACUUUGAAAAAUGUUUUUAUGUGUUUUCCAUGUGUUCUGAUAUCUUAAGUCCUUCUUUUCAUAUAAGAAACAUUUAUAGAGUUCCUAAUAUAGCAUGACAAAUGUUUUACCAUAGUUUUUAUGGUAUUUAUGCAACUAUCCAGACUGUUGCACUGAAUUUUGUGAAGUUAAAGACAAGCCCUUCCAGGUACUUAUUCAUUUUCAGCCCACACACUGUUCAUGAACUCUAUCCAGUAAUCAAGCAACUCCUUGAUGGUAGAAACUAGCUUCUAGUGGGUGGAAUAGACUAAAUACUCUGUGUGGCAGCCCUGUUCUUUAGAAACACUGACGAAUGCAUCCAGACUACUAUAGAGGUAUAGUUAAGAGGUAUAGAGGAUGUGUAAAAUAAUCACAAUAAGCUUGACCACCAGAAUGCAUGUCAACCACUUUUUUAUAAGGGACGCUGAACAUUCUGGUGCUGAAAAGUUGAUGGCUGCUCCCCUCACACCGGGAUAAAGGACUAUUGGUAUGUAAACAUCACUUAAGCUGUCAGGAGACUCAGCUUGAAAUGCAGGGACUCUACUUGAAAUGCUGUUGCUCUCCACAACAGUUGAGCCAAAUCAGACCAAUGUUAAAUAGUUGCCAAGCUUUUCGGCCAAGUCUGAAGGACGAGAGUGGGACAAGAACCAAAGCAUUCCUUAAAAACUUUGUUUUUGGUCAUUAAUACAUCCUUUUUGUUGAAACCCAUGUUUUUUGAGUUUGUUUGUGUAUUUUAUUGGUUCAGUGGCUUGCCUGUAUUGCACUGCUAUUGAUUUAUUACUGUGAAAUGAGUCUCCCUUACAGAAGGAAAUUCUAAAUUUCCUCCUUUGACUAUAUAUGUUGUAGCCUGUAGGAAUAAGGCUGAUCAUUGUGCGCCCACGUGCUUCCUUUUGGCUUACUGUUUUUGCUUUACUUUACAUCUGGACUUAGCAUUUGGGCUUAGCCACAGUGUUGUAGCUUAAAAAAGAGAAAGGGAAAGGGAGACUCAGUCCCUUGUUUGGAGUCACAGCAUAAUUUAUUUGAUUGCUGUGUUCGACUGCGAUUUGCCAGGCUAACAGCCUCUCCUCUGAUUAUUAAUGUGGUUGAUAUAUUAGAAAAAAAACAUUCUAAAUAAAGCUGUUUUGUGCUGAAGCACUUAUUUACAGUGUCUGGCUCACGAAAGCGGGUUUAUCCUCUUACACAGCAGAGCCAUGUGACUGAGAGUGGAAUGGCCAAGUCAGUGAGAGUAACGCAGUAUUCGCUGGCUCUUAAUCCUAAUGUUUACAUUUCAGACACUCCACUCUCAGUGAAUUUACCAGCCACUCUGCUGACUUCAUACAGCUGUUCCACACAGCUCAGUGGCCAUUUUGUUCUUGAUUCCUACACUGGUACUAUUACUGUCUGUUUCUGAGUAUGGACGGACUAGGAGACAGUCUCUAAGCUAACCCAUAAAAGUGCUUUAGGUUCAGAUGUAAUUUGAGUUGACGGUACACAAUUUAAUACUGUACUGUACUGUAUUUUCCUUUGUUUUGUUUAUUUGAAUGUGAAUUGUUACUAUAACUAUUAGACUGCCAAUAUUCAUGUUUUCAAAGCUCUGUGUGGUCAUUCUGUGUGUUCAGGAGUUGCCCACGAUCCACUGCAUUUUGACUGUGCAAGUACUGACAGUGAAUUGUGAUCAUGAAUAAAUAAUCUAUGAAAACGAGGCAUGUCUCAAAGGA